AUGUUUAGUUACGAUGUCAAGUUUUUAACUUCCGACGAUUUAUUGUACUUAAAAAGUGGUGACUUAAAAAGUUUUAAAUAUGAAACAAAAAAACGCGUCGAAGAAACGGUAUACGAAGCAGGAAAGAGAAAUUAUUGUGAACGCCGCGGUGGUUACUGGCGAAUACCGAAAUCUAGUCAACUCCGUCAAUUGGAGUCCACUUUGCGUGAUCGCAUUAUCGUGACCUGUGAAUGGACAAACGAAUCGUUUGCUACAUUAAUAUUUUCCUCAGGUGUUAUUGCAUAUAUUACCAUCAAACCCGAUACAUUGGAUGUUACACGGAUCCUUUUUGAUAAAUACUGUAUAGGAAAACUUUCAGGUCAAUGUGUUACAGGAGCCAUUUUCUGUAAGACACAUCUUUUAUUCACUCAUGCUGAACGGACUGCAACAUUGUUUACAUUCGGAAAAAGUAUUGAAAAUGGCAGUCACCCAUGUCGAUUAUCAGACAGAGAUCCCCAUAUACAGUCAUUAGAGCUAGGAGGAGCGCGUCGAGCAGAGAGGAGGGUUUCAUGGUGUGCUGAUAGUUCUGGAGUAAAAGUGCUUUUAUGGAGUGCUGCCAAUGCAGAGCCGGCGCCUUGGAGCCCAGUGCUGGAAGAUCUGGCUAAUCUUCAUCUGUACCAAAUUCAAGGGCAGCAAGUAACAUUGAUAGCAUUUCAUCAGUUGGAGAAUGAAGUACUGUGUGCAGAGUUAUCUCAAAAUAAUGACAAUGUUGUCCACAUUGUUGAACAAUCGGCUUCUCAUAAAAGCGGCGUGACGCUCGAGUGGCAGCUGCGCGUGGCGCCGACAGGGGGCGGGGCGGCGCCGCUGGGCGCGUGCUGCUCGCGGGCGCGCGCCUCGCUCCCUUCGCCGGUGCGGAUCGCUCGCCGCUCCGCGUGCGGCCGCCGUCUGCUCGCCGCGUGCAUAGACGGCACGCUGCACGUGCUGCACAGUGCCGCCGGACACACGCACACCACGCGCGCCGGAUUCAUACCAACAGAUGUGCGAUGGGCCGGGGAGCUGGUAGUGGCUGUGGAGGAAGCGGGACGGCUACAAUGCUUCGAUCGUGCUCUCUCACUCCUACACCACCACACUAAGUGCAUCGAUUUAGUGUCGCAUUUUCGGGACACAAGAAGGAUGCAAAUGCUUGCGACGCGAGGCAUGAGAUGUGGCCCCGUCAUCCUGGCAAUGUUCUCGGGGGGGCCUUUGACUCUACUGCAUAUCACCCAUCCACGGCUUAUAACGGCGUGGGUCCGGGCGGAGCGCACUUCGAACGCCGUUGCCCUCCUGCGCGCGAUGGACUGGGAGGGGGAGGGGGUGGAGUGCCUGCGCGCCAUGGGCGAGCUGGUGCACGGGGCGCUGCGCGGGGGAGGGGGAGGAGGGGGGGGGAGGCGGCUGCGCAGGCGGCGCUCGGUGCUUCACGACCUGGCGAGGAAGUUCUUCCACCACCUGCUCAGGCGCGGUCGGAUCGAGAAAGCUCUGAGCUUGGCUGUGGAUCUCGCAGCAUGGGACCUGUUCGCGGACGUGCGCUGGGCCGCGAUGCGAGCGUCGCAGCCGCACCUAGUUCGGGAGGCCGCGCGCGCCGCACGUCACUACGCGCACGCACAUGAAUCUGAGUGCUCCGAAUCCUGCUCGCAGUGCAGCUCGCGCUCCAGCUCGGAGUCGGAUGAAGAGCUGAGCGGAUACUCCGGCACCGCGAGGACCACGCCCCCUCCACUACCGCGUGUCGCCCCACCCCCUCAGCCAACAGUGCUGCCCGUGCCGAUAACCCAGACGGAGCCCACGUCCACGCUGAGCAUUAGACCCAACCUCCACCAAUACCUAGAAAGGGACAGCACUAUAUGGAGCACAGAGCACAGCGCCGACCGAGCCCACGAGCCCGAACCGUUCAAGCAGACCAUAAACCCUCCACCGGUAAAAUGGCAGAGCGUCGACAGCAUGCUACUGAAUUAUAGGAAACAGCUCAACGGAAGCUCCAGCGAAGUGGCCAGGUCCCGCGUGUUCGACGCCAUCCCGAGGAUACAGGACGAGAAAAUUAACCAGCCGCAGUUCAAGCAAGUCUUCCAAGUGGACUCCAAGGAGGCAACUCCCAAUGUCAACUAUCGAUAUAACAACAGUAUCGGAUCGGGCGCCAAUGGAAGAAUAUAUAAGCACGACAGCACCUGGGCAAGCAAAACGGGAGAGAGGAACAAAGUGAAGUUCUCCAAUACAGUCACUAUUGCUGUGGUUUCGGAGCCACCGCCUUCGCCGGAUGCCGCUCGCGAGUUGGCGGCCAGCCUGCCACUGUGCGCCCCGCACAAUUACCUGGCGGCGUUCGCGCCCGCUCCCGCCGCGGCCCCCGCCCCCCGCCAGCCCCCCCACGCCGACAAUCCUGUUCCUCAGGUGCCUAAAAUUAAAGUGGUUCAUUUUGGAAUGGUG